AUGCGCCUGCGCCUGCCCGUCUGGCUCGCCGCCGCCGCCGCGGUGGCAGUCGCCCAGGAGCAGCGCGAGCACAACUACCCCGUGAUUCUGACGCCGGGCGACGGCGUGCUUCUGUUCUCGCCGGCGUCGGCUGCAUCAGCUUGGAUGCUCUCGAACAACUCUGACACCAACUCUUCCGCCGUGGCCUCCACCUCUCAGUUCGUCGCCAGCACGAACGCCACCAAUGCAUCAGCCAGCUUCGCCUUCUACGGCUCCAGCUUCGAAGUCCUGGGCUCUGGGAAUGGCGAGCUCGUUGUCUCUGUGCUCGGAUUUACCGACGCGGAGCGGGACCCUCGUCGCUCACCGGAUUGGGACUCGCCGCAUCAUGAUGCCAACGCCUCACAUGCCAACAGAACGAGGGAGAUCUCGACUCAGAGAUACGCGUUCAAUGCUACGGCGGGUGGAGUGCUUUACAGCGACAACAGCACCAGCGCCGAGUGGAAGAAUGUAACGGUGCAGCUUGCGUCGGGCGCCGUGGCAAUCGAGCAGGUCCAGGUGACGCAUCGCGUGAAUGUCUCCGCGAACAGGGCCGAGGAGGCGCCGCUCCUCACCGUUCCGGCGGUUUGGUGGGGGAAUGGAAGUCUGAACGGUGGCCGCGAGAUCCAGUUCUACGGCCCUUGGGAGUCGAAGAAUAUCACAUCUGAUGGAGAUGCUGAGCCGCGGUUCACAUCCUCCCUCACUGGAAGUGGCAGUCUUUCCCUCCGCACGCCGCUGAAUGCAAGCUUUGUCCGCUUGAACGGGCACUUUGACCAGAACUGCGCACCGUACGACGUCGGUGUUACCGCCGUCGGCGGCCGUGUGCCGAAUGCUAGGUAUCGCCCGCUGUGCACGGGUAAGGACGGUGUGCUCUAUGAGGCCGCCUUGGACCCGACACUGCAGUACAACGUUGUUCUGCGCAGUGCUGCAGAGGACGGGCAGGUUUUCGGGUUCACGAGCGCGCAAUUCCUCUCCUCAACAUUGGAUCUGCCGAGAUAUACUGUGGACAAUGUGACAGAAAACACAGACGAAGACGAAAGUGACGGUGUCGCCGUGACCCAGCAGAACAAGGGCAACAACCAUGUCGGUGCGAUCGUCGGAGGUGUCGUCGGCGGUGGUGUCGGGCUUGCGCUCCUAGGUCUACUGUUGUGGUGCUGCUGCCGGCGCCGGCAAAAGUCUCGCCCUUCUUCCAUUGUGACCACGGAGGAGGGACACGAGAAGCCCUAUAAGCGCAACGUACCAUACAAUGACGGCGCUGUGUCGCCUCCCACCGUCCCCGCAGUUGGCUAUGGUCCCUGCCAUGGCGGGUGGUGGUCUCGUCUCUCGCGCAAACCAACCAUCGCGGAGAAGCGCGGACGCCUGUCGUCUGCUCCGCCCCAGCUGUCUCCUAUCAAGACUGGAACCGUGACGCGGCUGAACGGCAUCGCAUCUCUGGGCGCUUCGACAGCGACUGGCUCCCUCGCUGCCGGUCCCAGCGAGGCUCUCGUGGAGCCGAGUCCCUACCCCGAUCCUGGACCUGCGUCCUCCAAGCGCUCAAAGUUCAGCGCGACAUCCUGGUCUCUCCUUUCUCUGGGUAGCCGAGGAAGCAAGUCGCGUGAUGUCCUCUCUGUGCGAGACCCGAAGAAGGAGCAGCGUGCCAGCAAGCAAACAGCUCUCACGCAUCUUUCCUGGAGCUCGUGGGAUAUUCUCGACAUGGCUCCGCCACAAUCUGCGAAACGCGCCGCAUUCUCCAAGUUUUCCAACUCGAGCUGGAGCUUCAUCACGCCGCCUAACGCACCUGGCCUUGGCUCUCAUGCUGAGUCUGUCCCGCCUUCUCCUCGCGUGCCCGGCACGCCGUCAACACCCGACUCCCCAGUCCCACCCCCGCCGCCACUGAGCCCACUGCCUGCUUUCAAUCCCCCAGCCUUUGACGCGUAUGCGAACAGGAGCGAGAGUGAGAUCUCAACUCUCCCGAAGAACAGCUUUGACGCUUCUCGAUCCACGUUCGCGCGUACGAGUCUUGAUUCGGGCCAGGGGCCGGCGCUGGCUAUGCUGAGAAGAGACGACACGGGCCGCCCCUCGACCGAGGCGGCGAGCAGUUUCUCAAACCUGUCCAGCUUCAACAUCUCGCGCACAAGCUUCAAGAUCAACCCCUUGCGUAUGCCACCUAGUGCCGGUGGCCCCGGUCCAAGUGCCCUUGGCCGUUCGCGCUCGCCCCGGUCUCCAACGAGCCCAACGAGGCCGCACCCACCGCAAGGUCCCCGCGCGCCCGGGAACAACUUCAUGAGGAGUGUUUCAAGCCGGAUUGCACUGGCUGGUUUCAGCAGGAGCAAAGCGAACCUCCCCGAUGUGAGGCUCAGCGAGGAGAACGGCAACACGCUUGAGAGGCUUGAGAAGGAGAUCAAGAGGGCGAGCCAGCAGUAG